CCACAGGGCACUGGGGGAUGCUACACACCACCCUGAAUUUACAAGCAUUUAAGGAUAUUUAAACCCAGAGAAGACUGGAAUUCUUUCACUUUUUGGAAACUUCCAUGACGCUACGUGAGUGACACAUUGGAUCAAGACUUAAGGUGCAAACCAUGGAUCCAAAUUUGUUCGGAGGGGCACCCAGGUUCCUCACACGCCCCAAGGCCUUCUCUGUCUGCGUGGGCAAGGACGCCACCCUGAGCUGUACCAUUGUAGGUAGCCCCACGCCACUCAUCACCUGGGAGAAGGAGAAGCUGAAGCUGACAUCCGGGGGCCGCUUCAAGACCGUAGAGGAUGGGGAAGUGUAUCGUCUCACCAUCUAUGACUUGGUGUUGGAAGACAGCGGCCAGUACCUAUGCAGGGCCAAAAACAGCAUCGGGGAGGCCUAUGCUGCUGUAACCCUCAAAGUAGCCCUUCCGACAGAGAUGGCUCCCAGGGCACCUGUGUUCAUGAUCAAGCCCACUUCAGCGCGUGUAGAUUUAGGUGGUGAUGCUGUUUUCCACUGCAGAGUUGCAGCUCACCCUGAAGCCAACUUUGACUGGGAGAAGGAUGGACGCUACCUUGGCGAGUCCAACCGUGUCAAGAUUGUGUCAGACAGCGAUAGCAGCACCUUGAAGAUCCAGAGCGUACGCAACCUGGACAGUGGAACCUAUACCUGCAGGGCCCAGAACACCUUGGGUCGGGCCCAUGCUGCCGCUGCCCUCGUGGUAGACGCACAGGAUGCCCACCUACUCUCCUCCGACAACCACACCUCUCUCCUCUCUCACCUCCAGAAACGCAAAGAAGAAAUGAAGAAGGACAUCUCUGUUUUUCGCACGGAGGACACAACCGCUCCCUUUAACUCGGGCAAAAUCACAGAUGGUUUGGAACUUGAGGUGAGGUCGUCGAUCCUGGCAAAGCUGCCGAAGGGCGUGUUCACCCGCACGUGCACUGUCACCGAGGGCAAGCACGCCAAACUGAGCUGCUUUGUGACAGGUCACCCCAAGCCACAUAUCAUUUGGAGGAAGGAUGGGACUAACAUCAGCGAGGGCCGCCGCCAUGUUAUUUAUGAAGACCAUGCUGAGAACUUCAUCCUCAAAAUCCUAUACUGCAAGCAGAGCGACAAUGGCUUCUACACCUGUAAUGCCACUAAUAUGGCAGGACAGACCUAUAGUGCUGUGCUGGUAACAGUCAAGGAGCCAAAGGUGCCGUUUAGGAGGAAGCUUCAAGAUGUGGAGGUCCAAGAGAAAACAUCAGCCACACUGAUGUGCGAGGUGCCACUCAGCGGAAGCCAGACCAACUGGUUCAUGGAGGAGACGCGUCUGGAGCAAAACAGAAAGUAUCGCAUGGAGGAGCAAGGCACCCUGCGUCGUCUCACCAUACACAACGUGACCACCAACGACGACGGCGUUUACAUCUGUGAGAUGAAGGAGGGCAGCCGCACUGUGGCAGAGCUCACCGUCCUGGGCAACAUUACCAAGAAGCUUCCUCGGAGGACAGUGGUUCCUGUCAGCGACACAGUCAUCUUCUGUGUGGAGCUGGAGCAUCCCUGCCCUGAUGCCUAUUGGACCCGCAAUGGCGACAAGCUGAAGGAGGAUUCCCGUAUUUCCAUUGCUUGCCUGCUCAGACAGUACACUCUCACCAUUAGAGAGUGUCUGGCAGACGACUCAGGAGAAGUGGCCUUUGUGGCUGGAGACUGCAAGACAUCCACCCGAUUCUCCGUCACUGCUGCAAGGAGGCACCCUCCCGAUCCCCCAGUUGAUCCUGUGGUGCAGAACAAGACUGACUCAUCCAUCACCUUUCAGUGGUCUCCUCCUGACAGCGACCGCCCCGUGCCCAUCAAGGGCUAUAUUGUGGAGAGGAGAAAGGUUGGUGCUCAGACCUGGCAGAGGUGCAACGCCGGAGAAACCAUUUUGUCCACAGAGAUCACGAUCUCUAACUUCACAGAAGAAGCCACUUACCAAUUCCGCAUCUCUGCGACCAAUGACUUUGGUCAGAGUGCCUACUUGGAAGUGCCUGGAAGCUUCUACCUUGAACCCACUGCAGAAAUCAUGAAAGGCCUUGUGAGCAGCACUGCAGUGUCUGGUGAGGAGUUCUCCAUCUCACUGGAGCUGUCGGCCAUUUGCUCGGGCUUCUGGUCUCUCAACGGCCGUCUCCUUCGCAGUGGAGGUGACUACCUCAUCACACGUUCCAAGAACGUUCACGUUUUGCUCAUUCGGGAGGUGACCCUGGACAUGAACGGUGCAGAAAUCAAGUUUGUGGGCGGAGGCUCACAGAGCAGUUGUGUCUUAGCCGUAAAGGCCCCCGCUAUCAGGUUCACUAAUAAGGAAAAACUACAAGAGGUGACCUGCAGCGCCCAAGACACUGCUCAGAUGACAGCUGAGGUGUCAGAUUACGAUGCACAGGUGGUUUGGAUGAGAAAUGGACGAGAAGUAAAAAUGGGCAAGAAGUAUGAAAGCGUGAUUAUGGACCGCAGGAGGAUCCUCAUGGUCCACAACGUUACAGAAGAAGAUGUGGGCAUCUAUGAGUGUGUUUGCGCUGAUGACAAAAUGUCCAUGCAGCUCGCCCUUAAAGAUGAACCCGCCAAGUUUCUGAACAAGCCGAGAGGUCCCAUGGGCCUGUCGUCCUGCCUGAAAGGAGAUCUUGAGCUGAGCUGUGAGGUCUCUCCUGCCAGUGCAACCGUGGUGUGGAGAAAAGACCUGGUGGAGAUCACUGAGGACCAAAGAACUAGCAUCAUCUCCAAAGGAAUCCAAAGGAAACUAAUCAUCAAGAAUGCCAAAAAAAGCGACGAAGGUCAUUACUCUUGUGAGACAGCUGCCGACAAAGUCACAUUCCAGGUGAAGAUUAAAGAAACUCAGGCCCAGUCAGCCUUCUCCAACAAGGAGUCAGUGCAAAGGGAGGUGAAAGCUGUUCUCUCCCAAAAAGCCACCCUCAGUUGCACAAUGUCAGACAGCAAGACAGAAGUGAAAUGGUACAAAGAGGGCAAGCUGCUCAUAUCCAGUCGGACGAUCUACUCUGAAGUCAAAGGCAGUAGUCGUGUGCUGGUGAUUGAAAAAGUGGACAGGAGUGAUGCUGGAGAGUACACCUGUGAAGCUGGAGGAGAGAAGCUGGUCUUUAAAUUAAUGGUGCCUGAUUAUCAGUCAGCCUUCUUGAACAAGGACUCAGUCCAGAGAGAAGUGACUGCCACACUCUCCCAGAGAGCCACUUUGAGCUGUGAAUUAUCUGAUUCUAACAAGGAGGUUAAAUGGUACAAGGAUGGGAAGCUGCUGUCCUCUAGCAAGAUAGUACAUGUAGAGUCAAAGGGCAAGAGUCGCCAGCUGGUGAUCGACAGCGUUGAGCAGAAGGAUGCCGGGGAGUACAUCUGUGAAGCUGGGGCAGAGAAGCUGGCUUUUAAGAUCCACGUGACCGAGCCUCCGUCAGCCUUUUUCAACAAAGGAGAGAAAGCCAUGCUGAGCUGUGAGUUGGCUGAUUCCAAGACAGAGGUAAAAUGGUACAAGGAUGGCAAGCUGCUUGUCAGCGGCAAGACACUGCGUACAGAGUUGAAGGGCAAGACUCGCCAGCUGGUGAUUGACAGUGUCGAGAAGAAGGACGCUGGGGAAUACACCUGUGAGGCCGGGGCUGAGAAGCUGAUCUUCAAACUCUAUGUGACAGAUGUUCAAAGCAAGCCAGCCUUCUCCAACAUCGACUCACUUCAGAGGGAGGUGAUAGCCUCUCUCUCCCAGAAAGCUCUCCUGACCUGCGAAGUGUCCAAUACCAACACAGAAGUGAAAUGGUACAAGGAUGGCAAACUGCUGUCCUUCAGUAAGAUGAUACAUGCAGAGUCCAAGGGCAAGAAUCGCCAGCUGGUGUUUGACAGCGUGGAGAAGAAGGAUGCUGGGGAGUACAUCUGUGAGGCUGGAAGUGAAAAGCUGACAUUCAGGAUACAAGUGGCAGCUGUUCAGCCCAAGUCAGCCUUCACCAACAAGGAGUCCAUCCAGAAGGAGGUGAAAGCAUCUGUCUCCCAGAAAGCCACCUUGAGCUGUGAGGUGGCAGAUUCCAAAAUUGAGGUGAAAUGGUACAAAGAUGGCAAGCUGCUGUCUUCCAGCAAGACGCUACAUACAGAGUCGAAGGGCAAGAGUCGUCAUCUGAUGAUCGACAGUUUGGUAAAGGAGGACGCUGGAGAAUACAUCUGUGUGGCUGGAACUGAGAAGCUUACAUUCAGGAUACACGUGGCAGAUGCACCUGCUGGCUUCUCCAACAAGGACUCAGUCGAAAGGGAAGUGAAAGCCAUUCUCUCCAAGAAAGCCACUUUGAGCUGUGAGGUUUCCAAUGCUAAAACAGAGGUAAAAUGGUACAAGGACGGCAAGCUGCUGAGUUCCAGCACAGCGCUCCACAUGGAGUCAAACGGCAGGAGGCGGGAGAUGGUGAUAGAAAAAAUGGACAAAAAAGAUAUUGGGGAAUACACAUGUGAGGCUGGAGCAGAGAAGCUGGUAUUUAAGCUGCAGAUGGCAGAUAUGCCUGCCAAGUUCCAGAAGAAGUCCGUAAAGGACACAUCACUCAUCAUUCAAGCAAGUGAGAACAUUGUUUUGACCAGCGAGCUGACGGCUGAGAGCACUGUGAGGUGGUUUAAAGACGGUGUGGAGCUCAAGGAGGGCAGCAAGUACCAAAUGAAAAAAGACAGCCUCUCUCACACUCUCGUUGUCAAAUCCACCGAAUCCAAAGACAGCGGCAUUUACUCCUGUAACACAGCGGAUGACAAACUGGAGUUCAAAGUCCAAGUUAAAGAGACUGUGUUGAAGUUUCUUGUCCCCUUGAAAGCCUCAACAGUCGAUUUAGGGGGCACACUGAUUCUGAUGUGUGAAUUGAACCAAGCCUCAGGGGAUGUUGUGUGGUACCACGGUGGUUCUGAGGUUAAACACGGAGGCAGGUUCUGCAUGAAGACAGAUGUUGCUAAGAGGAUUCUCACAGUGACCAACGUGAUGAAGGAAGACGAAGGCGAAUACAGCUGUGAAUGUAAAAAUGACAAGACCUCUGCCAAAGUCUCCUUAAUAGCUCCCAGAUCAGUCAGGCUGACUUCAAAGCUCAACAAUGUUGUCGUGAUGGAGGGAAAAGAUGGCAUUUUCAAGUGCACUGUCACCCCAGCCGACGUGCACGUUAAAUGGUUCCACAACAACGUUCCCAUCACUUCCGGAGCCAAGUAUAAGAUUGAACAUGCCAGCAACAGCCACUCAGUAACCAUCAUCUCUGUCACCCAGAAGGAUGCUGGAGAGAUCAGCGUGGACGUUGAAGGGAAAAGCUGCAAAGCUGCUCUUCAAGUCCAAUGUGAGCCGGUGACAUUUAAGAAAAAGCUGGAGAACUUGACGGUGGAGGAGCAGAGUGAAGCCAAGAUGGAAGUGGAGCUGAGUAAGCCAUCAGAUGAAGUCAAGUGGAUGAAGAACAGCGUCGUGUUGCAGACUUCAGGGAACACGGAGGUCCGAGUCGAUGGGGCUAAGCAGGCUCUGGUCUUCAAGAGUGUCACAUACUCUGACCGCGGCUUCUACUCCUGUGAAACCCUAGAUGACAAAACGCAGGCCAAGCUCACUGUGGAGAUGAAGAAAAUCCAGAUAGUAAAGGGUCUUACCGAAACAAAGGCACAUGAGACACAGACAGUCGCCCUUGAGGUUGAGCUCAGCCAGGCUGAUACCAAAGGCCUCUGGACCAGGGACGGGAUUAAGCUCAAAUCAGGUCCUGACUGCCGUGUCACAGUUCUGGGAAAGAAGCACACCCUCACCUUGUCAAAUCUGACAAGAGAGGAUGCAGGAACCAUUGGCUUCCAAGCGGAGGGCGUGCGUACUUCCUGCAAACUCAUUGUUACAGAACCUCCUGCUACGAUCUCAAAGCCUAUUUUGGAUAUCAGUGUCACUGAGAAGGAGAAGGUGACUUUUGAGUGUGAGGUGUCUAGAACAAAUUCAGAAGUAAAAUGGUUCAAGGAUGAUGUAGAACUGAGACCAGGGAGGAAUUAUAGCAUCCACUCUUUGGCACGAAAACGCACUUUGGUCAUCAACAAGUGUGCGCCUGAAGAUGCAGGCUGUUACAUCUGUCGCACCACCGAUGACAAUACAUGUGCUAAGCUCACUGUUCUUGCCAGAGAUAUUAAGAUGGUGAAGAAGCUGGAGGAUGUGGAGGUGACGGAGAAGGAGAGCGCCACGUUUGUCUGCGAAAUCUCACACGACGACGUGGAAUGCCAGUGGUACAGGGGAGAUACUAAAGUCAAAGCAGGGGACAACAUCAAGCUGAGACAAGAAGGAAGGACACAUAAGCUGCUGUUUAAAUGUGUAUCUCCAGAAGAUAUAGGUGAAAUUAAAUUUACAGCCGAGAAGGCCUCUUCAACUGCACAUCUUAAGGUCAAAGAACUCCCCGUCAACUUUGUGAAGAAGCUCAGAGAUAAGAUAGCCAUCUAUAAGCACCGUGGCCACCUGGAGUGCCAAGUGUCACGGGCCAACGCCAAAGUCAAGUGGUUCAAAAACAAGACGGAGCUCAGAGCCGGCAAGAAGUAUGAGAUCAAAAGCGAGGACGUAUACCGAAAGCUCACAGUCAUCGACGUUGACUCCGGGGAUGAAGACACUUACACAUGUGAUGCCAUUGAUGACAAGACAUCAUGUAAACUACUUGUGGAAGAACAGUCAAUUAGCAUCGUGCGGGAGCUGAGUUCUGUCGACGUGACAGAACCCUUUGCCGCUGUCUUUGAAGUUGAGAUUAGCAUGCAACUGGUGAAGCCCCCAAUAUGGACUCUCUGUGGGGUCGCCGUGCAAAAGAGCGCUGACAUCGAGAUAGAGCAAGAGGGGACAAUGCAUCGCCUCACAUUCAAAAAGACCAAGGCGUCGAUGACGGGACCUGUGCAGUUCACCGCUGGGAAGAGCAAGUGCCUUGCACAACUCACAGUCAAAGAGCGUCCCCUUGAGGUUGCAGAACCCAUCAAAGACGUGAAGGCCAAGGAGAAAAGCUCCGCCAUGCUCACCUGUAAAUUCUCUGCCCCACCUAAAGAGGUGCAGUGGUUUAAAGGCCAAGUAGCUCUCUUUCCAUCAGACAAAUACAACACCAAGCAAGAUGCCACAAGAGCUCAACUCACCAUUCAUAUGCUGACUGAGGAAGACAGUGGCGAGUACCGUUGUCAGUCGGGACCUGCCUCGACAAAAGGCAGUCUACUAAUUGAAGUGCGUGAUAUUAAAUUCACCAAGCACCUAGCUGACACAGAGGUGGAUGAAGACAGCGACGCAGUGUUCACAUGCGAGGUCAACUAUGCAGACGAAGACGCCCAUUGGCUUCUGAAUGACAAGGAGCUCUUCACGAAUGACGUCAACACCGUAAGUCAUGAGGGAAAAGUUCACAAGCUCACCCUCAAGAACCUGGCUCCUCAGGAUGGCGGGAUUAUCACCGUUAAAGUCCGCAAAGUGAAGGAGUCUGUCAUGCUUAAGGUUAAAGAAAAACCCGCCCUGUUCCUCAAAUCUCUGGAUGAUGUCGUUGCCGAGGAGAAAGGCUUGAUUACUCUGGCCUGUGAGGUGUCAAAGCCCAGGGUUUCUCCCACGUGGAGGAAAGAAGGCAACCUUAUUAAAGCCGGAACCAAAUAUGAGUUCCUUCACAGUGGCAAAUCUUUGGGACUCACCAUCAAGGAUGUGUGCAAAGAAGAUGCUGGGGAGUACACUUGUGAUCUUGGAACUGAGGUGUCCAAAGCUAAGGUCACUGUAAGAGAAAUUGGCAUCGGGAUCACAAAGUGGCUAAAAUUUUCUGAGGUGAACGAGGGGGAGACAUGCAGCUUUGAGUGCAUCCUAUCCCGUGAGAGCACUGAUGAGUGCUCCUGGACUUUGAAUGGACAAAAUGUUACCAAUGGGGGACGCUUUAAAGUUACCAGCAGAGGACGGAAAUACAUGUUGACCAUCAAGGAUGUCACCCCUGCUGAUGCUGGAGAGGUGGUCUUCAGCAUUAAUGAGCUCACCUCUAAAGCAACGCUAACAGUUGAAGGAAAAGCUUCAUCACUGUCAAGGGAACUAGAGAAUGUCACCGUGGUUCAAGGGGAAGAUGCUAUCUUUACCUGUGAAGUGACACAAGCUACUUCCACUGUCAAAUGGACAAAGGAGGGCAAAGCCAUAAAGAAAAGCCAGAAGUAUGACAUCAGAAAAGAGGAGAGGGUCAUGAAGCUGGUCAUCUACAGCGUCUCAGCUCAGGACUCUGGGGAGUACAGCUGUGAAGUUGUUGGAGGUGCAACCACAAAAGCCAGGCUUCAGGUUAAAGAGCCAAUCCACGAGUUCACCAAAGCACUAAAAGACAUCCAAGCAGAUGAGAAGACCUCCGUGACUAUGCAAUGCGAGACCGCUCAAACCCCGUCCAUUGUGACAUGGCUCAAAGGGCACACAGAGCUCAAGGCUGGAGGUCGAUUCGAGAUGUGUCAGAAGGAGGGUGCCUUAACUCUGACCAUCAAACAACUCAAGGAAGAAGACGGUGAUAUCUACACUUGUGAUGUGGGAACAGCUAAGAGCAUGGCAAAGGUGACAGUUAAAGCCCUGCCGACCACUUUCAAAGAAAAGCUCAAGAACCAAGAAGUGAAGGAAGGCGACACCGUAACUCUUUGCUGUGAGCUAUCGAAGAGCGCAGCCAACAUCCAGUGGAGGAAGGGCUCCGAAAUUCUUGCUGAUGGGGAGAAGUAUGAGGUGAAGCAGAGGGAGGCUUCUUGCAAGCUUUGCAUUAAGAAUCUGGAGGUCGACGACAGCGGCGAGUACUCCUGUUUAUGUGGGGACCAGAAGACAUCAGCAACAGUGAAAGUCAAUGCAUUACCAGCGUACUUCACACUGAAGCUGCAGAGUCAGGAGGCCCAAGAGGGAUCCAGGGUUACUCUACACUGUGAGACAUCUAAACCUCUAGUCUCAGUGGAGUGGAAGAAAGGAAGGCAGGUGCUCAUGUCGGGAGAAAAGUACCAGAUGAAGCAGGAGGCGCGUGGGAAUGAGCUGCUCAUUUUCCAAGUGGUGCCCGAAGACAGUGGGGAGUACAUCUGUGUGUGUGGAGAGGAGACAACCACUGCCCAUUUAAAGAUCAAGGCUUUACCGGUGACCUUCACAAAGAAGCUGGUGAGUCAGGAGGCACAAGAAGGAGCUACGGUGAUACUAAGUUGUGAGACGUCAAAACCUGGAGCCCCAGUGGUGUGGAGGAAGGGAAGGCAGGUUCUCAAGUUUGGAGAAAAGUACAACAUGAAGCAUGAGGCUUGUGUAAAUGAACUCCACCUCAGCCAAGUGGUGCCAGAAGACAGUGGGGAGUACAGCUGUGUGUGUGGAGAACACCACACUACGGCUAACCUCCAUAUUAAGGCUAAACCAGUGACCUUCACAAAGAAGCUGCACAGUCAAGAGGCUGAAGAAGGUGCUAAUGUGAUACUACGCUGUGAGACAUCUACACCUCUAGUCUCAGUGGAGUGGAAGAAGGGAAGACAGGUCCUCAAGUAUGGAGAAAAGUACCAGAUGAAGCAGGAGGCUUGUGUGAAUGAGCUCCACAUCAGCCAAGUGGUACCAGAAGACAGUGGAGAAUAUAGUUGUGUGUUUGGAGAAUGCAUCACUACAGCUAGCCUCACAAUUAACGCCCAACCAGUGACCUUCACAAAAAAGCUGCACAGUCAGGAGGCUGAAGAAGGAGCUAAGGUGACACUACGCUGUGAGACAUCUAAACCUCUAGUCUUAGUGGAGUGGAAGAAGGGAAGACAGGUCCUCAAAUAUGGAGAAAAGUACCAGAUGAAUCAGGAUGCUUGUGUGAACGAACUCCACAUCAGCCAAGUGGUGCCAGAAGACAGUGGAGAGUACAGCUGUGUAUGUGGAGAAUGCAACACCACAGCUAGCCUCACCAUAAAAGCCCAACCAGUGACUUUCACAAAGAAGCUGCAGAGUCAGGAGGCCGAUGAAGGAGUUAAGGUGAUACUGCACUGUGAGACAUCUAAACCUCUAGUCUCAGUGGAGUGGAAGAAGGGAAAGCAGGUCCUCACGUCUGGAGAAAAGUACCAGAUGAAGCAGGAGGCUUGUGUGAAUGAGCUCUUUAUUCAUAAAGCAGCAGAAGAAGACAGCGGAGAGUACAGCUGUGUCUGCGCAGACAAUAAAACAACAGCAAACCUUAAAAUUCAAGUACUUCCGAUCACCUUGCUUCAAGAAAUGGAAAGCCGAGAAGCUGACGAGGGAGGUUGUGUUACUUUGCGCUGUCAGCUUUCUAAACCCGGAGUUCCUGUCGAAUGGAAGAAGGAAACUCAAAUGCUGAGUUGUGGAGAAAAAUACCAGAUGAUACAAAGCGGACACAGUUAUGAGCUACGCAUCUUUGACUUGAGGCCUUGUGACACAGGGACGUACUCGUGUUCUUGUGAAGACACAACAAGCUCUGCCUCCCUUAAAGUCAACGCGCUCCCAGUCACUUUUACAAAAAAUCUGGAAGACCAAACUGCUGAUGAGGGCCAAAGUGUUACUCUGCAGUGUGAGCUCUCCAAACCUGGCGUUCCGGUAGAGUGGAGGAAAGGAGAACUUGGUCUUUGUCUGUGUUCCAAGUAUGAAAUUACACAAACGGCACACACCGUCACGCUAGUAAUCUACGAUGUAGACAAAAAUGAUGAUGGAUGUUACACGUGUGACGCUGGUUUCCAUCAAAGCACAGCACACGUAGCUGUGAAGGCCCAACCUGUGCUUUUCAAAAGCCAGCUGCAGAACCUGGAGAGGCAGUCAGGGGAGAGUGCUGUUCUCCGCUGUGAGACCACCAAGCCUGGAGCUAGUGUGAUGUGGAGACAUGGGAAUAGGGUGCUGGCAUCGAGCAGCAAGUAUCACUUGAAACAAGCAGGAACUCUAGCAGAGCUUGUCAUCUAUAAGGUGCAGGGAGCCGAUUCAGGAGAAUACUCUUGUGAUACAGGCAGUGAGAUGACUUCGGCCAUCCUCACUGUGCAGGCAGAAGCGGACGUGUCAAUAGUGAAAUUCUUGGAGAGCUGCGUUGUACGCGAGGGCGAGGAUGUCCGCUUUGAAUGCCUGGUGUCGCAUGAGGACACACCUUUGACUCAGUGGAAGCUGCAGGACGUCCCGCUGCAGAAUAAUGAAAUGAACGUUAUUAACACAGAGGGCCGGGCGCACAGCCUCACACUUCGAGGCGUCACUGUGGCCGACUCAGGCACUGUCACGUUCUCGGUGGGAAACCACACCUCCACGGCCUCUCUUACGGUUAGAGCUGCCACUGUUUUAUUCAAGAAGAACUUGGACAGUCAAGAGGGCACAGAAGGAGACAAAGUCACUCUUUCCUGUGAGACAACCAGCCCCGACUGCAAGGUGUCAUGGCAGAAGGGCUUCACUCUGCUCACCCAUGGAGAUAAGUACACCAUAGAGCAUAGCGCUGCCACUCACACCCUUACUAUUCACAAGUUGAAACUGGAGGACAGUGGAGAGUAUAGCUGUGACACUGGUGACAAGAAAAGCUUUGCUACUGUCACUGUGAAAGAACAUGUACACAUUAUGCGGGAACUGCGCGACAUUACCGUGCACACCGGUCAGGAUGCCGUCUUUGAGGUGGAGCUGUCUCACCCUGGUGUGACGAAUGCGGAAUGGUGGCUUGGAGACAACCUCCUUCAGAAUAACGACCUCAACCAAAUGAGCAGCGACGGCCGAGUGCACCGAUUAGUCCUGAAGAUGGUCACCACGGACGAAUCAGGGGACGUCGCCUUCGUGGUGGGUCAGGAAAAGAGUGUAGCUUGUCUGCUGGUGGAAGAAAAACCCAAAGUGCUUAUUCUAGAGAAGCCUCAUAACACUGCAGCCUUAGAGGGGGAAACGGUCACUCUGGCCUGCAUCAUUUCUGACUCCAAGGCCACCGUUACCUGGAUGAGAAACAACAUGAUCAUCAAAGCCGGUCUGAAGUAUGACCUGAAAAAGAAUGGCACUUCCCAGCAGCUUCGAAUCCAUAAUGUUGUGCCAGAGGACGCUGGAACAUACACCUGCAACACUGGAGAUGCUCAGUGUGAUGUUACUGUCACUGUGGAAGCUCCCUCAGCAUUCUUCAAGAAGGAGCUGAAGAACCAGCAAGCUAUCGCAGGUGAUGAUGUCACCCUCCGCUGUGAACUGUCGAGGCCGGGUGUUCGCGUGGAGUGGAGGAAAGGUGGCAUAGUCCUCACGCCUGGUAAGAAGUAUGAGAUCUGGCAGGAGGGGUGCGUUCAAGAGCUCUGCAUACACAACCUGGAUCCAGAAGACAGUGGUUACUACACCUGUGACGCAGGUGAUCAGCUCACCACUGCGUCUGUGGCAGUGCAAGUGUUAGAGGUCUACAUUGUGUCCGGUCUUAAAGCCGUCGACGUUUUCGUUGGGGAAUGGGCAACCUUCUCUUGCCAGCUGUCCGGUCAGGUGCCCGGCAAGGUGCAGUGGUGGCUGGAUGGCACUUUGCUGAAGAACAGCCCCAAUAGCGAGAUAGGGCUGAAUGAGGGCCACAUCCAUACGCUCACCUUUAAGAACCUGGCCACAGAUGACUCUGGCACUGUUAUGUUUAAAGCUGGCAGUUUAACAUCAGUGGCCAAGCUCCUUGUCAAAGAUCCCACAGUCGAAGUGGUGAACGACAUGGAGGACCUCAGGGUGGUCGAAAACCAGCCGGCCGAGUUCAUCUGCCAGUUCUCGAGGCCGGUCAAGGCAAAGUGGAAGAAAGAUGGGCAGCCAUUGCAGCCUGAUGGCCGCAGGGUGGUAGUGGAGCAGGACUGGACAGUGGCUCGCUUGUACUUUUGCCGCGUGUCUGCCGAAGAUAGGGGGACAUACUCCUGUGAGGCAGAGGGGACUCGUGUAGUUGCUUCGCUUCAUGUGGAAGCCAAACCUAUUGAUAUAGUCCAGGGCCUGGAGAAUGCGGAGACCUUUGAUGGAGGAGAAGCACUCUUUGAAUGUGCCUUGUCUCGCCCAGAGAACAAAGACUGCCAGUGGCUUCUUGAUGGCAAACCAGUGAAAGAAUCCCCCAAUGCUGAGAUUGUGUCUUUCGAGAGCGGCCGUCGUCACCUGCUCUUACUCAAAGAGCUGCAUAUUAGUGACAGCUGCACUGUUACCUUCAAAGCAGGCACUGCGUCCACAUCUGCUCAGCUGUCUGUCAAAGGCUGGCAGCUCGGCGUGGUGAAGAGUCUUGAGGACAAGGUAGCCGCAGUCGGAGAGAGAGUGGAGUUCUGUGUGGAGCUGACCGAGCCCGUACCUCCAGCAGAAGUUGUUUGGUACGCUAACGGAGUGGAGCUGAAGCACGGCAACCUGUGGACCAUGAGGACUGACGGCUGCUCAUAUCACCUCAUCAUGAGACAGGCGCCGCUGUUGCCCCAACAGGAAAUUACAUUUGCAGCACGAGAUGCCCUUUCUCUGGCCAAGCUCUCCGUAAUUACUGUACCCGACCCACCAGAGGACCCAGAGGUCUUCAGUAAGACCAAACAGUCUGUCACGCUUUCAUGGUUCACUCCUCUGCAUGACGGAGGCAGUCCCAUUCUGGGCUACAAGGUGGAGAUGAGACUGGCGGACAGCUCUCUCUGGCUUCCUUGUCAUUCUGCCCCCGUAUGCAACACCGAGUUCGUGGUGGAGAAUCUCAUCCCGGACAGUGGCUACAGGUUUAGAGUGGCAGCCAUCAACCAAGCUGGCUUGGGGGAGCCAGUUGAGCUUCCUCUGACUGUGCAGCUCGAAACAGAGGUAAAAGAAGUCAAGACGGAGCAACUAGGACAGCCCAGUCUACCUCCAGAGGCUGCCGAAGAAGGUGACCUCCAUGAACUGUGGGAGGCCUCCGCAAAGAAAAGACGCAUGAGUCGAGAGCCCACUCUUGACUCCAUCACUGAACAACCUGAGGAUGAUAGAAAAGGAGCCCAAAAGAAAACACAACAGGAGGAAGAAGUAAAGCCAGCAGAGAAAGAGCCGGCCAAGAAGCAGCCUGAGGAUGAGUCUGCUUCUGGGGGAUCUUCAAUUGUAUCCUACCUUAAGAGGAACAGCCAGCUUCAAGCUAUCGUGGGGACCUCUGAGGAGGAGGAGGCCACUGCGAGGUUCUUCAAACACUUCCAGAUGGUUGAUCAGAGAACUGAAGUCAAAACGACAACGACGACUAAGCAUACUGAAACAAAGGAGGUGGCAACAGAGGAGACUGACUUCAUGGAGAUCAGCAAGGAAGACGAGCCUGAGCUGAGAGAAGCUGCCAUUAAGAUCCAAGCUGCCUUCAAGGGCUACAAGACUCGCAAGGACAUGCGACCUGUCUUUAAGGAGGUAUUCAAAGACCAGACCAAGGAACCUAAUGGCACCAUCCACUUGGAGUGUGUGGCAGAAGGUAGACCUGAUAGAGUACGCUGGCUGAAGGAUGGAGAACCACUGUCUGAUGGCAAGCACCACCAUAUCGACAUCUACAAUGACGGCACAUGUUCUCUUGUCAUCACCGCCAUCACCACAAAAGACACAGGGUUGUACACAUGCGAGGUCACCAACAAAUUUGGAGUCGUCUCCCACAGUGGGAAGGUAACAGUGGGAACGGUGAGGGAAUCAUCUGGCCGGCGCCCACUCAUGCUGGGCUACAGCGCUGACAGCGAGCCUGACAGCUCAUCGGGCAGUGAGAUGGAUGAAUCACUAAGGCAGGCCAGCAGACGUCUCCGCCGCCUGUUGCGCACACGCCUCCCCCCGGAUGUAGAGGAAGAGCCUUUUGUCAGCGCGGAUGAAGGGGAUCUGAAGCACCCGGAUCCUCACUCAUACCGAGAGGACGACACUUACAUUUACAUCCGCUUUGACACAUGGACUGAGGCGGAGGUGGCUUCAAAGAGGUUCCAGGAGAUGUUUACAAUCCAUGGAGUUCCUGUUGAGACCACCAUCCUGGAGGCCGGACAUCUCAAAGUGGAGCUAAGAAUUAGGAAGUUGGGAUAUUCUCAAGAUGGAGCUGAAACGCCUACACAAGAAAAACAGCCUCCUGCAUUCCUGUCUGGAGCGCCUGCUGCCCCAGUCUUCUUGACAGAGUUACAAAAUCAGGACGUCCUGGACGGCUACCCGGUCAGCUUUGACUGCGUGGUGAUCGGCAAACCCUCCCCCGCCAUUCGCUGGUACAAAGACGGCAAACUGCUGGAGGAGAACGACCAUUACAUGAUUAACGAGGACCAGGAGGGCUGCCAUCAGCUCAUCAUUACGGCCGUGCUGCCCACCGACAUGGGCGUUUAUCGCUGCACGGCAGAAAAUAGCAGCGGCAUCACGGCCACUUGGGCUGAGCUCAGGGUUGACAUGUCUUGCAGCUCCGAUUAUGACACUGCUGCUGAUGCCGCUACUGAAACGUCCUCUUACAUCAGUGCCAAGGGCUAUAUGUCCAGGGAGGCUGAGACCUUUGAGUCUGUAACAGAAGAUGAUCAGCUGCCACAAGUUGUGGAGGAACUUCAUGAUGUUCAUGCCAGUCCAGGUUCACCAAUGGCUAGGAUGCUGCUUAGAGUAAAAGGUUUCCCCAAACCAAGGGUUUACUGGUUCAAAGAUGGCCACCCCCUCCGUGCCUCGGAAAGGGUUUCGUUGUUAGUGCAGCAAGACGUUCAUACCUUGGAGAUCCUGGAGGUGAAGAAGGAGGACAUGGGGGAGUACUCUGCUUACAUCAGUAACGCGGCUGGUUCUGCUUACUCCUCUGCACGACUCAUUGUUCUGAAUCCAGGGGAGAUCCUACCACAAGAUCAGAAAGACUCCAGGGAGUCAUUGGUGCCACCACGUUUCCUGGAAAGGUUCAGCAACAGAAAAGUAAAACAAGGAGCCAGCAUCACAUUAUCUGUCAAAGUGGAAGGGUCUCCCACUCCGAUGGUGUCUUGGCUAAAGGAGGAGUCGAUGGAAGACGUAGUGUGGAUCAAGCCUGACACCAAGGGAUACAAAAUAGCAAGCUCCGGACGACAGCAUAGCCUCAUCUUAAUGGAUGUGGGAACAGAGUACACUGGUGCCUAUACAUGCAUUGCCACUAAUAAGGCGGGACAGUCCAUCUGUACCGCUCACCUCGAGGUGGAUGACACUCCACCACAAAAGAAAGAGACCAAACCUUCAGAAUUUCUUGGGAUAACUGUCAGUCCACCAGAGGAGGAUGCAAACAAGGGAAAAGAGAGUAAAAUGUCCUACCUAGGAGAGGUGGGUUCAGAGGAAUUCCUCAUGAAACUCACCUCCCAGAUUACUGAAAUGGUAUCAGCCAAGAUCACCCAAGACAGCACACAGAAUCAGGAAGUGCUCCAGUGGAUGAAAUCUUGGCCCAAAACCAACACUUCACUGCGAGUGCCAGGUGCGGACAGCGACGAGGAGACCAAGACCCCUUCACCAUCACCACAUCAUGGCCGCUCUCGUCCCCCCUCCCUUGUGGCAGACUCCUCCUCUGAGUCUGAUGAAGGGGAUGCUAGGGGAGAGAUGUUUGACAUCUACGUGGCAACGGCCAACUAUGACCCCGUCGUGGCAAGCAAAGAGUCUAUUUCCCUGAAGGAGGGACAGUAUGUGGAGGUUUUGGACUCAGCCCACCCGCUCAAGUGGUUGGUACGGACCAAACCUACCAAGACAACGCCAUCCCGCCAAGGCUGGGUGUCACCUGCAUACCUGGACAAAAAACUCAAACUGUCUGCAGAUGCAGGCGACCUGCCAGAGGCAAGUGUGGAGGAGGUGUCUGAGGGAGAAUACAAGAAGAAGUUAUUCCAAAUGAUCCAGGACCUGAUCGGCGGUGAAUCUGAGUUUGUCAAAGAGAUAGACUUCUUCACGCUUCAUCACCUGAAACACGCCAACAGCCAGGAUGCACCAGCUGACGUCAGCAGCCAAAGGGAGUCCAUAUUUAGGAACAUUGAGGACAUCAAGGAGUUCCACAACAAGGCUUUCCUCCCCAAGUUAAACGACUGUGACACAGAUGACGACGUGGCCAUGUGCUUCCUAAAGAACAAGGAGGGCUUUGAAAAGUACCUUCAGUAUCUUGUGGGUCAGAGCCAAGCUGAGUGUGCCGUCAGUGACAAAACAGUGCACCACUUCUUCAAGGAGUACACAGAGAAGGAACAAGCCAGUGCUGACCCUGCUGGCUCGCCUGUACGCAGCAUCAACGCCUACCUCCAGCAGCCUCUGGAGAGGAUUCAGAAGUACAAGGCCUUCCUCAAGGAGCUCAUUCGAAAUAAGGCGAAAAAUGGCCAGAACUGCUGCCUCCUGGAGGAAGCGUACGCCAUGGUGUCUGCGCUUCCUCAACGUUCUGAGAACACACACCAUGUAUCCAUGAUUGAGAACUACCCUGCCACCCUUGAAGCAUUAGGAGAGCCUCUUAGACAGGGACCUUUCCAAGUGUGGGAGGGAGCUCCUGGAAUAAGAACAUCUUCUAGAGGCCACCACCGCCACGUCUUCCUCUUCAAGAACUACUGCAUCAUCUGCAAAUCCAAGAGAGACAGCAACACUGACACACAAACAUAUGUCUUUAAGAACAUGAUGAAGCUGAACAACAUAGACGUGAACGACACAGUGGAGGGUGACGACCGUGCCUUCGAGAUCUGGCACGAACGUGAGGAUUCUGUGCGGAAAUAUACCUUGCAGGCUCGAACUGUUACAAUCAAGAACUCAUGGCUGAGAGACCUCAGAGAACUUCAACAGAGAUACACCAUGACUGCCUGGAGUCCUCCCGACUUUGUGGAAAUUCUAGCAAACUGCACAGCAGAGCUUGGACAGACGGUUAAACUAGCAUGCAAAGCGACAGGAGUACCCAAACCUACCAUCACCUGGUACAAAGAUGGACGCAUAGUGGAGGCAGAUCCUCAUCACAUCAUCAUUGAGGACCCCGACGGCUCCUGCACUCUCAUCCUAGAUAACAUGACGGCAGAAGAUUCAGGCCAGUACAUGUGCUUUGCAACAAGCUCAGCUGGCAAUGCCAGUACCCUGGGCAAGAUCACCGUUCAGGUUCCUCCUCGUUUUGUGAACAAAAUGAGGAAUGCCGUGUUUGUAGCCGGUGAGGAUGCUCAGUUCACGUGCGUCAUUCAGAGUGCUCCUAGUCCUAAAAUCAGAUGGUUCAAGGACGGCAGGCUGCUGACCGACCAGGAAAAGUAUCAGACCUACAGUGAGCUCCGCAGUGGUGUUCUGGUUUUGGUGAUCAAAAACUUGACAGAUCGGGACCUGGGGCACUAUGAGUGUGAGUUGUCCAACCGUCUGGGCAGUGCCAGGUGUGCUGCAGACUUAGUCCUUCCUUCUGCUGCUGGCUCUGGUGAGCAGGCCAUUGUUAUUGAAGUUACUGAACAGGAGACAAAAAUACCAAAGAAAACCAUCAUUAUCGAGGAGACUAUAACCACAGUGGUGAAGAAUCCCCGUAUGAGAAGGCACAAGUCCCCUGGUUUGACCAUUGCUGGAGCACACCGUACGGAAAUUUCCACCUCGGAAACCUCCACAACCAGGACAAGGAGGAUGGCCCCUCCGAGGAAAACCACAAUCCCGACCUUCUAUGUGACUGAGGCUGAGGGGACUGAGGCUAGCGGUGCUGCCGCCGUGGAGAGCAAGCCCAGUUGGGUGGAGGUGGAAGAGGUGAUUGAGUACAAAGUGAAUAAAUCUCCUCGGUUGUCAAGGAGGAGGGGCGUGUCACCGGCUGGCUCUGAUCGCGCAACCACUCCUUCCAGACCUAAACGAUCCCCUCCGGAAAAUCCGAAUACAAACAAUUCUAACAACAAGCUGGUAGAGCAGGCCCAGUCUCUCGAAGCCUCUGCUUCUGCAUCAGGAGUAACUGAAGAGCCAGUUCUUACAUCUGGAGACCACGGCAAAAUCACGGAGGAUCAACAAACCAUCAUCUGGGAACCCGAUGAAGAGGAGAGUGAGUUUGAUCAUUGCGGAAAACAGGAAGCAAAGGCGCUAAAACAUGGAGCUCAUUUUCUAGCACUGGAGGACUUGGAGAAUUACAUCCCAGAGGAAGGAGAGGCUUACGGAUCAACCAACUUCAGUCCUGAUGAGAAGCCUUGUGAGAUUGCUGUCCUCCAGAGGGAGAUAGGAGGUUCCACUGUGGGACAGCCGGUGCUUCUUAAUGUAGGACGUCCUGUAGUGGCUCCAAGACAGAGGAGUGGCUUCUUCACUCGCGUCAGAGAGCAUUUCUCCGGCAGCCUCUUCUCACCAAACACUGCACAGGCAAGUCGGUCCACGUCAGAAUGCCACGUCCCCAUUCAAGUGAGCCACGCAAAGCUGGAGGUGAAGCCUUCUUACUGUUCCGAAGUGCAGAAGGUGAAAGGCGGGCAGCAGAGCUUUAAAACCAAAAUAUCCACGCAGACAUAUGAGUACACACCAGUGGGAAACCCGGUCACGCUCCAGAUCAGUGACGAUUGUUACCAGAACCAGUAGCUUUUUAAAAUCAACACAAACCUUUUUAGUCUUAAAUGGGGCUGACAUGAAGUACACUAAAAUUAACUGAAAUAUAACUGAGCAGCAGCAUUUAACAAGCCAUUCCAUGUACGGAAAUACCCUUUUUUUCUGCCUCGUGGUUUUCAAGCGAUCAUUAUUGGGCGCGUCAUGACAUCAGAACUAAGCGAUGAUUGUUUUAUAGCUCACAUUUGACAAAAAAAAACUAUUUAUUUCUCUAACUGACACCAAAGACAUGAUAAACAUUCAUUUUGCAGCAGCUAAGGUAGAAUGAAAUGUACUACUUGGCUGCAACCAACAGAGGCACUGUUGAUUCAGGCUCAACUAGACUACAUAAGAAUAUGGGCAGUUGAGAAGAUUGAAACAGGAGUUCAGAACAUUCAGACAGAUUCACUCAUCCCAGAAAUAUCAAGGUAAUCAAGUUAGUCACGUAGUUGAUUAUUAAUUUUCCUCAUAGUGGAUCAAGGAAAUGUAGUCAAAUGCCUACACCUAGUUACAACAACAAUUGACGGCCAUAUUAGGGCCGUUCAGUCGCACAGUGCUGUGUAUUGUUUUGGACUGGUUGCUUUUAGGACAGCAAAACGCACAUAAAGUAUUUAAGUAUACUCAAAAUGACAAAAUUUUAGUCAAUCGACGCAUUAUAGAUUUAUAUCUACCGGUCGUUAGACAGCAUUUAAAGAUGUACUUUGGUUUCCACAUUCAAAAACUGGAACGUUAGGGAGUUAAUAGUGUUGUCUUCAGAUUGCUUUGAGUUCAUUUAUAUAAUGUAACACUUCCGCUCAAAUGUUUUGUUAGUUGACUUUCUUGUGGAUAUUAAGUUAUUAAAAUGUAAGCUCAUUAGGUGACAUGACUGUUUUCAAGUAAACCGGUGUGAGUAUUAGCAAUGUAUGACGUUACUAUCACUAGUAGUUGUGAAAUGAAUUGUCUUUGGAGACAUUUUAGCCUUGGUUCAUAAUGAUAAUAAUAAUGUGUGAGCUCACGGAAUCGUGUUUAGUUCUUUUUUUUUGGAUGAUUGACUUGCAUGGAUUUGUUUUUCCAAAGCAGUUAGUACAGUGUUUAAUCACAAAAGGGAGUACAGGAAGUGAAGUUUGUUUCAAUAUUAGCGCAUUCACAGCUAGUGGUUGCUUGUAAAUGUGUAGUUUUUAAAAGGAAAACUUGUUUUGUCUUUCAAAUGUGUUCACAUUUGAUUAUAAAAAAAACUUGUACAACAGUUUGGAUGUGGGAUUUGUGAAAUGUAGACUUAUUACAGCUUCUGCUUGGACAUGACCAUUUUUUUCAUUGCAAGCACAAUAAAAAAAAAAGACAAUGCCACUUCACACGUCACACGGCUCCACUCUCACAGUUUUUCAAAAAUAUAUUGAUUACUAAAUCAUGCUGUGUUGUGGUUGUGGCCUAUUGUCUGUAAAAAAUGUGCAUGUUUAAGCAGAUUUUACAAAUUUGUUGCCUAAAUUAAUCAAUUAAUUCAGAAGACACUGUGAGUGAUAUGUAGUCGGGGUGUCACGAGACACCCAUCUAACGAGAAAAGACGAUGCACGAGAUUGGGUCCAUGAGAACGAGACAAGAUUGUAACAUUAAUUUUAAGAAAAGUAGAAUGAAAAGAGUUACUGGACAAACAAGCUUUUUUAUUAAACCGAAAACAAAACAACACAGGUGCCUUUCAAAAUAAUAAUACAUCAUAAUAAUGCAAUAUUUCCUUUAAUAUGUCAUCUUUCCAUUUAUGAUAAAAUACAUUAUACAUAUGCUGUCAUACCAGUCGUCGGCAACCCGCGGCUCCGGAGCCACAUGCGGUGCUUCAGCUUCCUUGUUGCGACUCCCACGCUGAGCUCUGUGAUUUUUUUUUAAACACUGAAGCAGAGGAAAUAUGCGUUUUCGAAAAGAGUUUGAAAUAUCCGCCUCAUCGGUAGUCCAUGAAUGCCAGUGAGACAGUGAGACACGAAAAAGACAUCUUCACAGUGUGCUACCUGCUCAAAGUAACUCGACAUACAAUCGUUCAUGUCUAAACGACCGGCAACAAAAGUGAGUAGACCCUUGUGUUGAACUAUACAAACAGACCGCAAUUAGACAUGUUUUCUUCACUGAGUCAUGUGACUUGUUGGUGUUACAAGGUGUUUGGUGUGAAUGGGAGCAGGUGUGUUAAAUUUGAUGUUCUCGUUCUGUCAUGCUGGAAGUUCAACAUGACACUUCAUGGCAAAGAACUCUCUGAGCAUGUAAAAAUAAAACAAACUUGCUCUACAUAACAGUGUUCCCUAGAAGCUGAGCUGCAGCACAGCGGCCACGACCAUACAGAGCUUGAACAGGACAGAGGUCAGCCUUUUAAGUGCUCAGACCAUACACCGCACUGUGCAUCAGCUGUCAUCUCGGAAGAAAGCCUCUUCUAAAGAUGAUACACAAGAAGGCGUGGAAACAGUUUGCUGAAGACCCUACUACGGAAGGUUGAGCAGAGCAAACAUACAUUCAAGAAGUGGAUGGAGGCUCCAAGCUGCACUACAGCUGCUAGCAUUGUGACUGCACUGGUGAUCGUAAGGAGGAAUCCAUUCACAGAUGGAGAAUAAAUGAAAUAAUUGUUCAUAAAAAUAUCACAGCUAUAUUCCGAAUAAACAAAAAUAAACAAGAAGUUAUUAUUAUUAAUUAUUCACAAAAUGAAAGAACUGCUCCUCCCUGCAAACAGUCAAGAGCAGCACCAGUAGAAUGGCAACAAACAUCACCAGUACACAAAUCAAUUGAUGAUAUUCAUUCAUUGUGAGCAUAUUGAAUUGAGUCAAGUGAUGUAAACGAUACUGAGCAGACACACUGAUAUCCAGAUAUGUGAGCUCUGAUGGCCUUUUUAUGUUUAAGUUGUCUAUGUUUUAUUUAAAUUUUACACAAACACAGGAACAAGUAAAAAAAGCCUACAUCAAGGGUCACAAACGUGGUGGACAGGUAGCCCCCCCAACGACAACAUGAGGCGCCCGCAAGCCUGCUUUUCAUUCAGGUUUUAAUAAUGUGAGAACACUAUAAAGAAAUGCAUUCUGAAAUACAAAAUAUGAGUUGUGGAUGCCAGCAUUUUGUUAAUGUUGCUGCCGUAGAAAU